AUGGCUCGGAUCCUUGAGUUGUUCCUCGACAACUACGGCGAGGAUCUAAACGAAACACACGGCCUGUUCGGAUACACUGCCGGCUGGACCUUGCUACACGAAGCGGCGGAUUGGCGAUCCGCGGACGCAGUAGAUGUCUUCCUCAAGAGAGGUGCAGAACCAAACCGCUUCACAGCCAAGGGUACACAGCAUCAUUAUACGUGCCGAGAUUUCAUCUUUAAAACCGGGGGGACCUGGAGCGACGGGUACAAGGACAAUACCUGCUCCCUGAGCCCUCUCUGUCUGGCCAUCAUGGGAGGUCAUGCUGGGAUAGUGGAGAACCUGCUGGCACAUGGCGUCAAUCCAGAUCUACCCUGCCGUCAGUGUUGUGGAUGCCGACCCAUCCAUAUCGCCGCUGCGUAUGAUCGGGAGGACAUUGUCCGGUUACUAGUGGAAAAAUACGGAGUAGAUCCCGGGACUGAGGACCCCAGCGGGCGGACGGCCCUGCACCGUGCAGUGGCGCUUGGCAGAGUCCGUUUGGUCGACAUGUUUCGCAACACCUGGCGUCUAGAUCCAAACCACACGAGUAAAGAUGGGCACACGCACCUGCACGAUCUUGUAACCUAUCGGCGCUUCUUGGAUGUUAAUACUGGCAAGCGAUCAUGGCGGGCCGUCUUGAGGGAGAGACCUUAUCAGCCCGCAGUCCGUGACAAGGUAGGAGCAAUCUAUAAGCUCCUUCGUCAAGCUGGGGUGGAUGUGGGGCGGCGAAACUCUGUUGGGGAGACACCGAAAGAUUGUCUGACGAGGUGGCCCGUUGCACGAUGCAGUUCCCCAUUGUAUUGUGCCGUCAAAGAGGGUCUCGAGGCCAUGGAAGCAAACUGUGUCUUGAGGGAAGAAGUCGAAAGGGGCGGUUCUUCAUCUUCCUCGUCUUCUCAUUAG